AUGGCCCUCCAUAUGUGGCGUGCGGCAAUCUCGACUGCGCUUCGGGCUGGAAGCCUCGCGCGGGCCUCUUCUGCUGUUGCGUCGUCAGCGUAUGUGGCUGCUGCGCGGCCGCUGACUAUGUCGUCUGCCAAGGUGUUUACCCUUGCUGGUGCGCGGUUUGCGUCGUCGUCGCCGGUGCUCCGGCAGGCUGCGGCCAAUGCCGUGGAUGAGAUCGGCCCGUCUGUGGACAAGUCGAAGCUCAACAAGACCGAGCGGCGGCUGUAUGACGCCAUGCAGCUGUGCUGGCACUCGUCGCGCGGCGACAUCAACGCGCUGCGGGCGCUUGUCUCACACGGCGUGGACAUCAACGCAGCCGACUACGACGCGCGGUCUGCGCUGCACCUUGCGGCGUCCGAGGGCCGGCUGGAGGCGGUCAAGUUCCUCGUGAAGAACGGGGCUGCGGUGAACGUGACGGACCGGUUCGGCUCGUCGCCUGUGCUCGACUCGAUCAAGGGCCAGCACCCGGAGACGACCAAGUACCUGCUCGGCCAUGGUGCUGUGCUCGACCAGAUUGUUGCGGCGUCUGACAUGUGCGCUGCGGCUGCGGAGAACGAUCUCGUGACGGUCAAGGCCUUCCUUGACUCGGGCGUUUCCGUCAACGUUUGCGACUACGAUGCGCGGACGCCGCUGCACCUCGCUGCGGCAAACGGGCAUGCCGGCAUGGUGGAGCUUCUGCUUGACGCUGGGGCGGACCUUGAGGCCAAGGACCGGUUCGACGGCACGCCGGUGACGGACGCGUCGCGGAGCGACAACAACCAGGUGCUUGAGAUGCUGACCAAGGCACGCGACUCUGGACAUACGGCUGCGCCGCGGGCGCCGCUGGAGAAGCUGAGCGGGUCGAACCCGGCGCAGGAGGAGCACAUGAACGCGGUGGCGCAGAUGCUGUACGAGCAGGGUGUGUUCCGCGCGUCGCUCAUCCGCUCCGAGCUCUCGCACUACUACGACAAGCUCGAGCUGCACCGGAUGUACUUUAACCGGUUCACGCCCGAGGAGGUUGUGGGCCACGUGCAGGGCUACGUGGCUGCCAAGCGGCUUGCGGCGCAGUCGGGCUCUGCCGAGGCGAUCAAGCUCAACAUGGAGAACGAGUCGUCGGCGUUCUACCUCUCUGCGGCGCGGCAGGACGCACGCGAAGAGACGGAGCAGCGGCUGGAGACGUACAUCAAGCAGCUGUCUGAGACGCGGAGCAACCCGGUGUACUCGGUCUCGCACUUUACGUCCAAGGGCACAGCGGUGCCGUAUGGCUCGGCGCGGCUCGGGCUGUAUGUGGUGGACAUGGAGGACCACAAGCCGUGCGCGAUGGAGGACACUGAGCUGACCAAGAUUGCGUCGAAGCACUUUCUGCGCGAGACGGCACCCAAGCUGCUCCCGCGGUACCAGUCGAUCAUCGACGCUGCGGUGAAGCGGAUGUCGCCUGUGAUCGAGGUGCACCCGCGGCGCGGGCACGACGGGUCGAUCCCGCUGCUUGUGGCGGCGCGGCCUUUGUCGCACAACACGUCGCUGGCCGACAUUUCGAAGCUCAUCUUUGCGUCGAACCUGGUGUGCGAGCGGAAGCUUGUUGAGUCGUUUGCCAACGGCAUUGCGGUGUACACGCUGUACAUUGGCGGCGAGGCGUCGGACGCUGCGGUGAAGGAGCUCGCGGACCUCAUCUCGCUCCAGCUGACGAUGCCUGUCUCGCCGCACCUCUCGCCGUACUUCCUGCAGGGCCAGAUCUCUGCGCGCGAGUACGCGUACAUCUCUGCGGUGACCAAGUACGUGAGCUACUUUUCGCCGGCGACGGUGGUUGACUACCAGGCGCUGCUCGACGUGGAGACGGAUCCUGUCAAGCGGCGGCGGCUGCUGGGCGUGGGCAAGCACCUGCGUGCGUCGCAGUUCUCAGAGCCUGCGGUGGUCAAGACCAUUGUGCGCAACUUCCAGCUGUUCAAGUCGAUCUUUGGCGCGUUUGACGCACGGUUCAACCCUGCUGUGGCGGCAACGCCGUCUGCGGAGGAGAUUGCGGCGCUCGAGGAGCGGAUUGCGUCCGAGGCGUCUGUGGGCGACGAGCAGCACAUUCUCUCGGAGACGCUCGAGUUCAACUCGAGUGUGGUGAAGACCAACUUUUACAAGACCCGGCGUGCGGCGGUGUCGUUCCGGCUCAACCCGCAGUUCCUCUCGGACUACUCGCACAUGUUCCCGGACAUUCCGUACGGGAUCAUCAUGUCGAUGGCGAACGACUUCCACGGCUUCCACGUGCGGUUCCGCGACGUGGCGCGUGGCGGCGUGCGGCUGAUCAAGUCGCGCGACGAGGCGGCGUACGCCAAGAACUACGAGGCGCUGUUUGUGGAGAACUACAACCUGGCGCACACGCAGAACCUCAAGAACAAGGACAUUCCUGAGUUUGGCUCCAAGGGCACGAUCCUGCUCGGGCAGGACCGGCAGGCGCAGCCGGAGCUCAAGUUCCGCAAGUACAUCUCGUCUGUCCUCGACGUCAUCAUCGACGACGAGUCGAUUCUCGACUACCAUGGGCAGCCCGAGGUGCUCUUCCUCGGCCCGGACGAGCACACGGCCGACCUCAUGGAGUGGGCAUGCCUCUACGCCAAGCACCGUGGGUACCCGUACUGGAAGGCGUUCACGACGGGCAAGCCGCCGUCGAUUGGCGGCAUCCCGCACGACACGUACGGCAUGACGACGCGGUCGGUGCACAAGUUUGUGACCGAGGCCCUGGCGGACGCCGGCAUCGACGAGUCGACGGUGACCAAGGUGCAGACCGGCGGGCCGGACGGCGACCUCGGCUCGAACGAAAUCCUCAUCUCCAAGGACAUCACCAAGGCGAUUGUGGACGGCUCGGGUGUGCUGUACGACCCCAACGGGCUCGACCGCACGGAGCUUGAGCGCCUGGCCAGGGGCCGGCUCAUGGGCGAGGCCUUUGACCAGUCCAAGCUCUCGGAGGGCGGCUUCUUUGUCAACGUCGACGACACCGACGUGACGCUGCCCAACGGCGAGAAGGUGCGUGCCGGCGACGCGUUCCGCAACGGCUUCCACCUGCACCCGCUCUUUGAGGCCGACCUGUUUGUGCCGUGCGGUGGGCGGCCCGAGUCGAUCAACGCCAGCAACGUGGCGUCGGUGUUCAAGGAGGACGGCACGCCGCGGUUCAAGUACCUCGUGGAGGGCGCGAACCUGUUUGUGACGCCCGAGGCGCGCACCAUCCUCGAGGACGGCGGCGUGGUGGUCUUCAAGGACGCGUCGACGAACAAGGGCGGCGUGACGUCGUCGUCCAAGGAAGUCCUCGCCGCGCUCACGCUCGACGACGAGGAGUUUGACAAGCUCAUGUGCGUGAAGGACCCGGACAACGUGCCCGAGUUCUACGACACGUACGCCACGCAGAUCCAGGACCUCGUGGAGGAGAACGCCCGGCUCGAGUACCGCGCGCUCGUCAAGGAGCAUGCCGCCGGCCGCGGCCGCCGCACCGAGCUCACCGACGUCCUCUCGUCCAAGAUCAACGUCCUCGUCGACGCCAUCGAGGAUUCGGAUCUCUUUGAGAACCACGCCAUCCGCGACCCGAUGCUUGCCCGCUGCGUCCCGCCCAUCCUCAUCGAGCACGUCGGCUCGGUCCAGGCCCUCGUCGACCGCCUGCCCGAGGCCUACGCCAAGGCCAUGUUCUCCUCCUCGCUCGCCUCGUACUAUGUCUACACCAGCGGCAUUGCCACCAACGAGUUCUCCUUCUUUGACUUUGUUCGCAAGGUCAUCGGCGACGAGUAAGCUCACCACCCCCUUGGCUGGCUAAGGUAAAAAAACUACGAAACGC